AUGAUCAUCCGAUCUUCAGCCGCCAGAGGCGUGGCCACAGCUGCCGCGAAGGCAGCUUCCCGAUCAUCGACGACUUCCUCCGUUGCCGCCGCCACAAGCUCCCAGACUCGAUCCUAUGCCACCGUGCAAGAGGGACAACCUCAACAGCGAAGAUAUGGCGGUCUGAAAGACCAAGACAGGAUAUUCACGAAUCUGUACGGCCAUCAUGGCACAGAUCUCAAGAGUGCAAUGAAAUACGGGGACUGGUAUAAGACCAAGGAGAUUGUGCUGAAAGGCGACGACUGGUUGAUCAAUGAGAUAAAAGCCUCUGGGUUGAGAGGAAGAGGAGGCGCUGGCUUUCCGUCAGGGUUAAAAUAUUCAUUUAUGAACUUCAAAGGCUGGCAGCAAGACAAAAGACCUCGAUACCUCGUGGUCAACGCCGACGAAGGCGAGCCAGGUACAUGCAAGGACCGAGAAAUCAUGCGCAAAGACCCGCACAAGCUCGUCGAGGGGUGCCUGGUGGUCGGGCGCGCCAUGAACGCCACCGCCGCCUAUAUCUACAUCCGCGGCGAGUUCUACCAUGAAGCGACGGUGCUGCAGCGCGCGAUUCAAGAAGCAUACAAAGAAGGCCUGAUCGGCAAGAACGCAUGCGGUUCAGGCUACGAUUUCGACGUGUAUCUGCACCGAGGCAUGGGAGCGUACGUGUGCGGAGAGGAGACGUCUUUGAUCGAAUCGCUCGAAGGCAAGGCCGGCAAGCCGCGCCUGAAGCCGCCCUUCCCAGCAGCUGUCGGCCUCUUCGGUUGCCCGUCGACGGUGACCAACGUUGAGACCGUCGCCGUAGUCCCAACCAUCGCCCGCCGUGGGGGCAAGUGGUUCGCCAGCUUCGGCCGCGAGCGCAACGCGGGCACCAAGCUGUACUGCAUAUCUGGCCAUGUCAACAACCCGUGCACCGUUGAGGAAGAAAUGUCGAUUCCUCUGCGGGAGCUGAUCGAGAAACACUGCGGCGGUGUCCGCGGUGGUUGGGACAACCUGCAAGCCAUCAUCCCCGGCGGCUCGUCGACACCGGUCUUGCCGAAACACAUCUGUGACGACCAGCUCAUGGACUAUGACGCGCUUAAGGAUUCUCAGUCCGGUCUCGGCACCGCCGCGGUCAUCGUCAUGGACAAGUCGGCCGAUGUGGUCAGGAUGAUUUCUCGCCUGAGCCAGUUCUACAGGCACGAGAGUUGCGGCCAGUGCACGCCUUGCCGCGAGGGCAGCGCCUGGACCGCCAAGAUGAUGGAGCGCUUCGAAAAGGGACAGGCCCGCGCCCGUGAGAUCGACAUGAUCCAGGAACUGACCAAGCAGGUCGAGGGGCACAGUAUUUGCGCUCUCGGAGAAGCAUUUGCCUGGCCCAUCCAGGGUUUGAUCCGUCAUUUCCGACCGCAACUCGAAGCUCGCGUCAAAGACUACGCCAAGCUCAACGGGGGCGAGCCUCACGCUGGUGGCUGGGAACCGGAUGCUGCCAAGAAGGGCAUGCUGAUUGCGCCGGGCCAGUAA